GGCUUUGUUUGCCAGCAACUGGAGCGACACAGAGAGGAGAGUCUAUAAGAUCGAGGGCACCUCACCUGAAAUGAUGCGCCUCAUCAUUGAGUACGCCUACAUCAGGACAGUACCAGUCACAGCUGACAACGUUCAAAGUUUGUUGACCGCAGCCGACCAGUUCAACGUCAUGGGCAUCGUGAGACUCUGCUGCGAGUUCUUAUAUUCCCAGAUGUGCUCAGAAAAUUGCGUUGGCAUCUACAGACUCUCAGACUAUUGCUACUGCCCCGAACUGCGAGAAGCAGCCCGCGUGUUCAUCCUCCAUCACUUUGAGGAGGUGACCAGGCUUUCUACGGAGUUUCUAGACCUCUCCAUCGAGGAGUUCACCCACAUCCUGGAGAAGGAUGAGCUCAAUGUGAGACAAGAAGAAACUGCGUUUGAGGCCAUUCUGAAGUGGAUUGAUCACGCCCCGCAGGACCGCAGGCAGCACAUUGCAGUCCUGCUGGGCAAGGUGAGACUGGCACUGAUGCACGCAGAUUAUUUCAUGAACAAUGUCAAAACACACCAGUACGUGCAGGACAACGAGGAAUGCAAAGCUCUCAUCAUAAAAGCCCUGACGGAAAUGUACAACCUUGAUAUGUAUGGCCAAUCCUUUUCUGAUUUCACCCACCUGCUCACCCGUCCGCGCCUGCCCUGCGCUGUCCUAUUUGCUGUCGGAGGCUGGAGCGGGGGGAGCCCAACCAACGCCAUCGAGACCUACGAUUCCCGGGCAGACCAGUGGGUGAACGUCACGUGCGAGCAGGAAAGCCCCCUUGCCUAUCACGGCACUGCUUAUUUUAACGGCUUUGUCUACGUCAUCGGGGGAUUUGACAGCAUGGAUUACUUCAGCAGCGUCAAGCGGUUCGACCCGCUGAGCAAAACGUGGCAGCAGGUUGCCCCCAUGCACUCGCGGCGCUGCUACGUCAGCGUCGCCGUUCUCAACGACUUCCUCUACGCCAUGGGGGGUUUUGACGGACAGACGCGCCUUAACACAGCGGAACGGUACCAGCCCGAGACAAACCAGUGGACGCUCAUUGCCCCCAUGCAUGAGAGGAGAAGUGACGCAAGCGCGACCACGCUGCACGAAAAGGUGUAUAUCUGUGGAGGGUUCAACGGAACCGAAUGCCUGAUCACAGCCGAAGCGUACAACGCCACCACGCACCAAUGGACCCUGAUCGCCCCGAUGAACAGCAGGAGGAGUGGAGUAGGAGUGAUUGCGUACGGAAACCAAGUGUAUGCGGUCGGGGGAUUCGAUGGAGUCAACCGCCUUCGCAGCGCGGAAGCUUACAACCCCCUUGCCAACACAUGGCGCAACAUCCCCAACAUGUUCAGUCCUCGCAGCAACUUUGGCAUUGAGGUGGUGGAUGACCUUUUGGUUGUGGCUGGCGGCUUUAACGGCUUUACUACUGUUUCCCACGUGGAGUGUUAUGACGAAAACGCUGACGCGUGGUACGAUAUUGAGGACAUGAGCAUCAACCGCAGCGCUCUGAGCUGCUGUGUGGUGCCAGCUCUAGCGAACAUCAGGGAGUACGUGGCCAGACGAGACUACUACGUGGACACAUCUUCAAGGGAAGUCGGGGUCAUUUCUUCAACAAGUAGCCUGCCUGUAUAA